AUGAACACUCCGAUUCUAGGAUCAAGAUCUAUUCAAGAUAGACUCCGCUGUAAAAAGGUUUUUAUCGUUUUAGAUAAUUUGAAUGGGAGAAGUUCCAAAUUAAAUGAUUUAUUUGAAGGAUAUCAACUUGCUAAUGGAAGUAGAAUCAUUGUCACAAGUAGAGAUAAGCAACUGCUUAUGACAAAGAAUUGUCAAAUUUACCAGUUGAAUGGUUUAUAUCACCGUGAUGCUCUUCAGCUCUUUUGUUUCCAUCCUUUUGAACCAAAUUCACUUGCAACAUGUUAUGAGGCUUUAUUAGAAAGUGUUGCACAUUAUGCAAAGGGCAAUCCAUUAGCUCUUAAAGUCUUAGGUUCUUCCCUUAAGUACAAAAGCGUAGAAGAAUGGAAAAGUGCAUUGGAUAAGCUGAAAACUGAUCCAGAUCCUGAAAUUAAAAAAGUGUUGAGAAUAAGUUACGAUGGAUUAGGCGAUAAAAGCAUCCAGGGUAUUUUUCUUGACAUUGCAUGCUUCUUUAUCUAUCAAGCACCUAGGGAAGAAGUAGAAAGCAUAUCAAACCACACUGAUGCAACAAUAGGAAUAAGUGUUCUCAUUGAUAAAUCCUUAAUAAUUGGAAGUAAAGAAAGACUGGGAAUGCAUGAUUUACUACGGCAAAUGGCUCGGGCAAUUGUUUGUGAUGAAAGCAAAGAUUGUGGCAAUCGUAGUAGGCUCUGGAAUAAUAAGGAUUCCUGCCAUGUAUUGGAAAGAAAUACAAAAAGAUGUAAAAGUGACCCGUACGGCAUUUUCAAAGAUGUUCAAUCUAACGGAUACCCCAAUGAAGAAUCCAAUUUCGGAGUCAGUCUUCCUGAUGGGGUUGAGCGUUUUGUUUCGGAUGACCUAAAAUAUUUUCAGUGGGAUACAUACCCUUUGAAAUAUUUGCCAUAUUUUAAUCCCGAGAAUCUUGUUCAACUUAUUAUGCGUAGGAGCCAACUUGAACUUCUUCGGAAUGAAGACCAGCCACUUGAGCUGGUGAAGUUAAAGAAGAUCGAUCUUAGUUAUUCUGAGCACCUUAUGCAAAUACCAAAUUUGUCUCGGGCUAUAAAUCUCGAAGUUUUAAAUCUUCAAGAUGGCUUAGAAAAUCUUCCAAUCAAUGUAAGAAAAUUGUACCUAAGUAGGACAGCAAUAAAAAGUUUGUCGGAGAGCAUUUGGAAGUUGAAAUAUCUAGAUCGGUUGGAUCUUUCUCGUUGCCGAAACUUGAGAAAGUUUCCAGAAAUCUCGGGCCGUAUGGAAUUCUUGGUUGAAAUUAAGUUAUAUAGAACAGAGAUUGAAGAGUUGCCGAAGUCAAUUGACAAUCUAACCCGUCUUGAAACUCUACAUCUUGGGUCGCUUGAUGGUUUUGGUGGAUGCAAUAAGAUCAUUAAGUUUCUUCCAAACAGCCUAUGUAAAUUAUUGCAUCUUCAUUAUUUGUACCUUAAGGAAUGUUCAUCAAUUGAAGAAUUGCCUCCCCUUCCACGUGGUUUGAGAGAAUUGGAAAUAGGAAAAUUGAAUAUAGGAAAAUGUGAGAGAAUGAAAUCAUUACCAGAGCUUCCGUCAUCUUUAUAUUAUUUGUUUGCAGAGGAAUGUUCAUCACUUGAAGAAUUGCCUCCCCUUCCACAUGGUUUGACGAAAUUGAAUAUAGGAAAAUGUGAGAGACUGAAAUCAUUACCAGAGCUUCCGUCAUCUUUAUAUCAUUUGCGUGCUGAGGAAUGUUCAUCACUUGAAGAAUUGCCUCCCCUUCCACUUGGUUUGAGAGGAUUGGAUAUAGGAAAAUGUGGGAGACUGAAAUCAUUACCAGAGCUUCCGUCAUCUUUAGAAGAGUUGUGGGCAGAGGAAUUUUCAUUACUUGAAGAAUUGCCUCCCCUUCCACGUGGUUUGCUUGAUUUGAAUAUAGGAAAAUGUAAGAGACUGAAAUCAUUACCAGAGCUUCCGUCAUCUUUAUAUCAUUUGUGUGCAGAGGAAUGUUCAUCACUUGAAGAAUUGCCUCCCCUUCCACAUGGUUUGGGGAAAUUGAAUAUAGGAAAAUGUGAGAGACUGAAAUCAUUACCAGAGCUUCCGUCAUCUUUAAUUAGUUUGUCUGCAGAGGAAUGUUCAUCAAUUGAAGAAUUGCCUCCCCUUCCACGUGGUUUGAGAGAAUUGGAUAUAGGAAAAUGUGAGAGACUGAAAUCAUUACCAGAGCUUCCAUCAUCUUUAAAAGUUUUGAAAGCAAACGACUGCACAUCGUUGGAGACAAUAUCAAGCUGGGGUUUCAUCUGCUGA